AUGACAGAACAUAAUGGGGAUGACCCUAAACAGGUGGACAGUUUGAUCAACUAUGACGAUGCCCUGAAAUACUGGAACAGCGUCCCAGCAUCUGUCGACGGAGUUUUGGGUGGGUACGGUGAGACAACUUCGGUUCCAAAAGCAGAUGUUGUUGGAUCGAUGACCUUUUUAAGAAAGUUAAAGAGUCGUUUCUCUAACGAUCCUGACAAAAUCAAAUAUGGUAUAGACUUUGGUGCCGGUAUUGGCCGCGUGACAAGAGAUUUUCUGCAUAAAGUUUGUGAUAAGGUUGAUUUAUUGGAACCAGUUAAACCAUUUGUCGACCAGAUGAGGGUGGAACUACAAACACUGAUGGAACAAGGUAAGAUAGGAGACAUUUAUGAAAUUCCCAUGCAAGACUGGAAACCAGAGGAGUCUCGAUACUCUCUGAUAUGGUGUCAAUGGUGCUGCGGUCAUCUCCCAGACCCGGCAUUUUUGGAGUGGCUAAAUAAGUGCAAGACAGCCAUCCAGAAGGAUGGACUCCUAGUGAUAAAAGAAAACAAUACAACUACAGAUGAAGAUAUGUUUGAUGACACAGACAGCUCAAAGACCCGUUCAGACACAAAUUUCAGAAGACUGUUUGCUGAGGCAGGUUGGAAAUUGAUCAGUGUAGACCGUCAAAAAGGUGUCCCAAGAGAAUUGUAUCCAAUCCGUAUGUAUGCCCUGAAACCGGAAUAA